AUGUCUGCCCAACCACUCACCACGUCGACCCUCCCCCGCUCCAACUCACCGACCGCCCUCCAUACAACCCCCGAGCAAGCCGUGCAUUCCUUCGAGCCCGAACCCCAAGUCCGCCGGUCGUGGUCGCUGAAGAGGCUACUCAGUGGGCGCGGGAGCCCCCGAUAUCGAGUGUUGGAGCGGGAGCCGAAUCGGUUGAGGAAACGUGUUGCUGCGUGA